AUGUCCUGUAUCCCCUACCCCAUGGAUCACAACAUGUCCGGGAGCGUUAGCACCGGGAGGAGUCCCUCCCUUCCCACCCCGCCGACGGAGCCCUCCGCGGAUCCUCUCGAUACCGCUUUACCGCCCAUGAGCUCCAAACAGCUCGUCCCCAUCCGCCCCUCCGAGUCCUCUAUGAUCCUGAACAACUUCCGCAACAGUCAGCGCGUCUCCGCCACCUUCUACUCUCAGGAUGCCAUGCCCAUGGUGGCCCACGGGUCCUCCGCCCACCGCCGCACCGGCAGCACCAUCAAGACCGUCAUGCGCAAGAUCUUCACCCGGAAACGACGCAGCAACACCGACGACUUCCAGUCCGCCGGUCCCGGUCCGCGUCCAGGCGGAUUCCGGUACAGUAACCCGACGGAGCGGAUGGGUCAUUCCCUGCCCCGGUCGGUGAACGUCCGGCGGGGGAGCCCGCUGAAGGAGGAGAGCGAGACCCCGCAACCCGACAACUUCUACCACCUGCAGGCGCGCCCGCCCCGUCGUCGUCGCGCCACGCUGCCCAGUCUGGCCUUCUCGGACGAGGAAGCACGCGCCACCCUCGACGCGCUGGCCUCCGAGCCCAGCCACUACCGCCCCAACAGCUCACUCGCUCCGCCCGAUGACCCCGCUCGGGACCGCCGGCGCGACCUCCUGCGCACCCGGCGCCGCUCGCGCAGCGCCGGCGCCCUGCGCGCCGUGGCCGCGGGCCACCGCAUGGACCCCAUCCAGUGGCGGCGCCGCAGCGUCGCCUCUGCCGAGUACGUCGGGACAACCGUCUCCGACAGCGAACUCUCCUACCGCCCGCCCACGGGGUCCACCCACGCCAGUGCCCCGGAGGAAUCCACCGCGCCCUCCGUCUACGACACCGACGAGUCACAGCCGCCCGCGGACGCGGACGCGCACGACGAAGACGACGAUGACCACGACAACCGGAGCAGCAUCAUAGUGCCGAACGCCGGCACGCUCAUCAGCGCCAUGCAACACGACCCCGACCUCUCCGUCGACCAACGGGUCGCCACCAUCGAAGUCAAGCUCAUCGACCUCGAGUUCGCCAUCGCGCGCAUGCAGACCUCCCCGACGCCGUCGUCCACAGAGAGGGCGCGCUCCACCCCGCGCAGUCGACACGCCCACUCGCGCAGGCCAUCCGCCUCGAAGCACGUCGCCCCCGGCACCAGUAGCGGUCCACCCCAACCCGCAACAGUACCGCUCCCACCACUACCCCCCCAAGACCGCCCCCUCAGCACCGCAACCAUCAAGCCCAGCACAUCCGACGGCAGACACCCGCGCGCGCCGACCCACCGCGCCCCCUCCUCAACCACCACCUCCCCGCUCCCCAAUCCCCAAGGCAUCUCCAUCGAGCAAUACAGCGCCCUCGUGCUUCUCCUCCGUCGCGAACAAAACGCCCGCCGCGCCCUCGAAUCAGAGCUCUCCACCCUCCGCCAAGACGUCCACCAGCUGCAGCUCAACCAGGGCAUGCCCAGCGCCCGCGGCUCCGUGCCCAGCUCAACCACCAGCACCGCCACCCCAGGCACAAUGUACCCCAUUCACAGCGCCGAGUCGAGCGAGUUCCUGCGGCUGCGCGAGCGCGCCCUCCACGCACAGAGUACCUCGCCCGCGCGCACGGAACAGCGCUUCUCGUCUUCCCCGAGGGAUUCUGGCGCCGACUGGGACAACCCGCCGUAUAAGCGGUGGCAUUCUGCGCGGAAUAUCGAUACGGGGGGGUUGAUCUGA